AUGGGGCAAAACCAGAGUACCUCCUUAACCCUUCUAAUUAGCAAUUUUAAGGAUGUUAAAAAGAGAAGUCAUAACCUUAGCUUGGAUAUUCAAAGGAGUAAACUGAUUACCUUUUGCCAUUCCGAAUGGCCCGCCUUUGAUGUGGGAUGGCCUCCGGAGGGCACAUUCUGCCUCCCUGUUAUCGCCAAGGUAAAAUCCAAAAUCUACCUCCCGGGCCGAGAAGGACACCCAGGUCAGAUCCCCUAUAUCUUGGUAUGGCAGGACCUUGUUGAAAAUCCACUCUCUUGGUUGGCCCCUUUCUUGUCUCUGGCAAUAUGUAAAAUACUGGCCACCAAGGCCACCAACCCCUCUAAGCUAAAGCUACCAUCUGCGCCCGUGUUAUCGGAUAGUCAGGAUCUUCUGUCCCUGGAUCCUCCACCCUACCUCCCGCCACCCGCUAAUCCCCAGGCACCUCCGGUGCCCCCUCCUGUGGUGCAGGAAGAACAGGAGGCGGCAGCCGCCUCUGGUGCUGCUGAUAGUGAAACUCACUAUGAAGGACCAGCGGGCAGGACGAGGGGGCGCACUCAAUGGGAGGCAAACCCACACCUCCCUGAUUCCACCAUCGCGCUGCCCCUGAGGGAAAUAGGACCCCCUGAUGACACUGGUAACCCUAGACUUCAGUAUUGGCCUUUUUCCACUAGUGAUUUGUAUAACUGGAAAGCUCAAAAUGCCCACUUCUCUGAUAACCCCUGAGAUUUAAUUGCUCUUUUGGACAGUGUAAUGUUUACCCAUCAGCCCACCUGGGACCACUGUCAGCAACUUCUCCAAAUCCUGUUCACCAUGGAGGAAGGAGAAAGAGUCCAGGAGGAAGCCAGAAGGCUGGUUCCAGGAGACAAUAGCCAGCCCACUGUCAACCCUGACCUGAUUAAUGCUGCUUUUCCUCUCACCAGACCCCCACAGGAUGGCUGGAACUACAACAUGGCAGAAGGUAGGGGAAGGCUACAAAUUUAUCGCCAGACUCUAAUGGUGGGUCUCCGGGCCGCUGCUCGCAAGCCCACUAAUUUGGCCAAGGUAUAUACUGUAUUACAGGGAAAAACAGAAAGUCCAGCAGGGUAUCUAGAGAGAUUAAUGGAAGCCUUUAGGCAGUUUACCCCCAUGGACCCUGAGGCACCUGAGAAUCAGGCAGCAGUGAUUAUGUCCUUUGUGAACCAGGCAGCCCCAGACAUUAAGAAAAAAUUACAGAAAUUAGAGGACUUAGAAGGGAAACAGAUCCAGGAUCUACUUAGGAUCGCCUAGAAGGUUUUUAAUAAUCGAGAAGCACCAGAAGUAAAGCAGUUAAAGGUCAGGGAAAAGACUAAAGUCUUGGCGGCAGUAGUACAGCAGGACAGCCCCCCACUGCGUGAAGACAGAUCCUCUCCACACCCCUUAAGGCGGGACUUAUGCAAGGAUCAAUGUGCCUGUUGUAGGCAGUUGGGCCAUUGGGCCAGAGAUUGCCCAAAUAAACGGGGCAAAAAGUCACAACAAUGGCACCCCAGGUCUUCCUCUGAGGUGCUGGUCACCCGAGACUCGGAGGACUAGGGGAGUCGGGGUUCAGACCUCCCCGAACCUAGGGUAACCCUACAAGUGGAGGGGACUCCAGUUCAGUUCCUUGUUGACACAGGGGCUCAACACUCAGUAUUGACAGAGACCAAAGGUAAAAUGUCCACCCAUACCUCGUGGGUGCAGGUGGCUACAGGGGUAAAAAGAUAUCAUUGGACAACAAAAAGGACUGUGGAUUUGGGGACAGGAAAAGUGACCCACUCUUUUUUGGUCAUUCCUGAAAGUCCAUGCCCCCUGUUAGGAAGGGACCUAUUGACAAAAAUGGGAGCCCAAAUCCACUUCUCACCAAAUGGGCCCAAAGUGACAGACUCCCAAAAUAAAGCAAUAUCUCUCUUGACCCUGACCUUGGAUGAUGAGUAUAGACUCUACCAGGAGCCUGCCCCUCCUAACCAGGAUAUGGACUCUUGGCUCCAGAGCUUCCCACAAGCAUGGGCAGAAACUGGAGGAAUGGGACUGGCUAAGCACCGCCCAGCUCUUUACAUAGAAACUAAACCUGGAGUUGACCCUGUCCGAGUAUGGCAAUACCCCAUGCCCUUGGAAGCAUGA